AUGCCUCCAGCCGCUACAAUCACAUCGGUCAAACAGACAUUUGUCGCUACUCAGACAAAUAUCCUGUCCCAGCCGGUUGCGCCGUCUCGAGCCUGGCGCGCCUCCAACGACGCGUCUCAACAUCCGCUUCCAAAUCGCAUCGUCGACGAUGCCGUCGCAAACCUCAACCGCACGAUCCAACAGCACUCUCGACGAGUCUAUGCGCCUCAAGCAAAUCGACACGUGGCCGAACAGAUUAGCCAUGUGUACUCGAGAGACGCCGAGCGCAGGAUGGAAAAUCCAGACGAUGCUGAAGGUGGAAUCGGAAGAGAACUUGAUCUGGUGGAUGAACAAGCCAUCGAAACACUGCCCGCUGCCUGGCCAUCAGACAGAGACGCCGAAGCCUUUCCUCUAGAAGCCACACGCUAUGCAGCCACGGUUCGACAGCUGACGGACCUGAACCGCCAACGCAAAGAGCUACGGCAGAGAGUUGAACGACUCCGAAGUCUCCAGAAGACAGUCGAAUCCUUUCAGACCACAGACGGCGCGGGCGUCCAAGAGAAUCUAGUGACUCGCGAUGGUCCUGUGGAGAAGGAACUCGAGAAGAUGCGCUUCCUCCUUGCGCGCGUUGCGGGCCGUGUGAGCGAGCUAUCAAAUGCGCCCACAACUCGGAAUACUGAUGGCGUAGAGCUCAGCGCUUUGGCUGAAGCGAGAAAGAAAAACAUUGAGAAAUUUCUGGCAGACGGGCGAGUUUUCCCAUCCUGA